AUGGUGAGGGUACUGCGCACCAGAUGGAAGCUGGGAGAGUGGUCGAACGAAGACCUACCUGCUGGCAUGGACCUUCUUACGGUCUUCGACGAUGCGGCGGCACGAACGUCUUUAGAGACUUCUUGGCGGACGCGGCGCAAUUGGUACCCAGAGCUGGCAGCACUCCAGCCAUCGCUCACGUCCAUGCCAAGAGAUGAGACGACUUUCCGGUCCUUUGAUAACGAAGACAUUGCCGACGAUGCAUAUCUCCUCGGAACCCAGAAUCUGUUGAUUCCUCCGGGCGUCCAUCAACUGUUUUACUUGUCAAUUACCGAUUAA